AUGGCGGAAGCAAAGCUCACAAAGAAGCAACAAAAGAACGUCGCGUUUAGGGCAAAGAAGGGCAAAGCUACUGCCUUGGCACACCACCCCGCCACCCCUGACGAUGUUGUCGACGCUGAAGAUGUUCCUUCGACCAGCACGGUCGAAAUGACCAAGGCCUCAACAUCGUCAAAGAAGGCAGCAAAGGCAGAGAAGCCAACAAAGACCAUGAAGGUGUCCAAAAUGGAGGGUGACGCAGUAGCUGACGAUGCAGCAACAGGCGAAGCUCCAGCCAAAGAAGAAAAGCGAUCCCACAAACGCAAGCGUCUAGCAGCCGAAGCGGCAGCUGGCAUCACCUCCCAACCCGGACCUUCCACCAGCAGCCAACCUCAAGAUUCAUCAAAGCCCAAACCCACCACCAAACCCAAAAAGACUGCCCCUGAAGCACCCGCCAAGAAAACAACUUUCGGCGAGGACGGAGAAGUAGCAGCCGAACAAACGGUCAAACCUACCAUCCCCACCACAAUCGAAUCCAGCGCAAAGGGGAACAAGUACAUCCUCUUCAUCGGCAACAUGGCUUUCACCACCACUACCGAUACUAUCUCCAAGCAUUUCGGUCAGACAUGUGGCGAGGUCCCCUCCGUCCGACUUCUCACGAAGAAAGCAGACCCGAAUUCACUUGCGAACCUCCCUGCAUCAAAAAGGAAGUCCAUUGCAAAGGGUAAAGCUCAGGAUCCGACCAAAGCUCAGUCGAAAGGAUGUGCUUUUGUUGAAUUCAAGUCCUCAGAGGCGCUACGCAAAGCGCUGAAGUUUCACCAUACUAUGCUGGAGGGGAGGAAUAUCAAUGUGGAAUUGACAGCGGGUGGUGGUGGGAAGAGUGAGUCGAGACAGGAAAAGAUUAAAGCCAAGAAUGCUGGGUUGGAGAAGGAAAGGCAAAAGUUGCAUGGGAAAUAUGUGGCGCCGAAGAACGAGGCGCGGAAGCAGGCGAGAGGGGCGAAAGGGGCGAAAGGUGGGCAAGAGGGUGAAGGAGAAGGGAGGGAGAGGAAGAGACAGAGGAGGGAUGGAAAUGCGGAAGAAGGUGGAAGUCGAUGGGGAAGGAACAGCGGGAAGGAGAGGAAAGUGCCAAGAUUCAUGGCGACUGGUUCGAAUGCUGUGCGUGUUGCUCCCACGUCUUAA